GUGUGUAUUCAGUUCAAGCAAUCUGCAACUCUUGGAGUCAGGAUGUGGUCGACUACACUCAACAACCGGAAACGUCAUGUAAUUCUGGAUGGUAUGAUGAUCAAAAAAUCUCAGCAAAAGAAAAGAACGUCUCCAUGUAACUACAAGGAGAGAUUUUUUGUGUUGGAUUCACAGGAAUUGAAGUAUUCCGAGCGUCGCCCUGGAAGAAAGCCUGUACUAAAAGGUUGCAUCAAGUUAUGCAGCAUUAAGUGUGUGGAGACGGUGUUUACCAAUCUCCCCAUUCCAUGUGACAACAAGUAUCCCUUCCAGGUUUUCCACGGCAACUAUUUCCUCUACAUUUUUGCCCCAGACAAUGAUUGUCGUCUGAGGUGGGUGCACGCUCUGAAAGAAGAGACGAAGAAUAACAAUUUGGUUGAAAAAUACCACCCACAGUUUUGGAUGGAUGGAAAAUGGCGAUGUUGUAACCAGUCAGAGAAACUGGCUAUAGGUUGUCAUGUGUAUGAUCCACUGGGUUAUGGUUCCAAAAAACCAUUACCUGAGGUCCCAAACAACGAGGCAGCGUUGGAUGACACCGUGCAUAGGAUGGUAAUUGCAAUGCAGAACUACACGCCAUUCGGAGAUACAGAGUUGGCACUUCAGAUAGACAAAGAGUACACCUUGAUAGACAGUUCUCACCCUGACUGGUGGAGUGUCAAAGAUGAAAGAGGGAACACUGGAUUUGUGCCCAGAACACACGUAGUUGAAAAAACAGGAAACGACUUUGAGAGAUUUGAAUGGUAUAACAAGAACAUUGCCAGAGGGCAAGCGGAAGAUGUGUUGAUCAAAGAGGGAAAAGAGGGUGGAUUCAUGGUUCGAAACUCAAGACAAACAGGCGUCUACACCGUCUCAGUCUUCACCAAAGCACGGGGACCUAAUGGAGAGAAACAACCAUGUGUGAAACAUUAUCAAAUCAGGCGGGCUGAAACAGGAGAGUCUUCUUUUUACUUGGCAGAGAAGUAUCUGUUUCGCACCAUUCCUGAACUAAUCCAUUACCACCAACACAAUGCUGCAGGUCUAAUCACACGUCUCAGACAUCCUGUCACUCAAACAGGGGGCUGCUACAAGGAAAUGGCUGGCCCACCCAAAGAUAAGUGGGAGGUGGACCCUGAAGAAAUUACCUUUGGUCAAGAACUAGGCAGUGGACAGUUUGGGAAGGUGCUGUGGGGGCAAUGGAGGGAGAAGAAGGUGGCCCUGAAGAUGAUAAGAGAAGAAUGCAUGUCAGAUGAAGAAUUUAAAGAAGAAGCAAGAGUUAUGAUGAGACUAUAUCACUCAAAGCUAGUUCAGCUCUAUGGCGUAUGCACCCAGCGUUCUCCUAUGUGUUUGGUGUUGGAGUUCAUGGAGAAUGGCUGUCUAUCAGACUACCUGCGAGCCAAAAAAGGGUAUUUUUCCCAGAGCACACUGUUAGAGAUGUGUCUAGAUGUCACUGAAGGGAUGACCUACUUGGAGACAUCUAAAUUCAUCCACAGAGACCUGGCUGCCAGGAACUGCUUGGUUUCAAACAGCAAUGUGGUUAAAUUGUCUGAUUUUGGCAUGACCAGAUAUGUUCUUGAUGACCAGUACACAAGUUCCUUGUGCUCCAAGUUCCCUGUCAAGUGGUCGGCACCAGAGGUCAUCAAAUACUGCAAGUUCAGCAGCAAGUCUGACGUCUGGUCCUUUGGUGUUCUCAUGUGGGAAGUCUACACAGAGGGUCGACUUCCUUAUGAGAACCAAUCUAAUGCACAGGUGGUAGAGUCCCUGAAUGCUGGCAUGAGGCUGCUCAAGCCCCGAUUGGCACCGGAGGCCGUAUAUCUCCUUAUGGAGUGGUGCUGGAAGGAGAAACCAGUGGAUCGUCCAUCCUUCGCGUUGUUGCUGCACGAGCUUUCCUCACUUUUAGACGGGUGAACCACAAGACAGGCUGUGGAUGCUAAACAUUUAACAAAUUUAUAUUUGUCCUAUUUAUUUGUGUGUGUCAUUGGAUAAAAUUUAAAAUGAUUUUAUAUAUUGUACUUUCAAGUUGUUUCCAAACAUGUCAGCCACCCACUGAGGUUUGCACUUUAUCUCAUUCAUUUUCCUGAAUGUUGUCAAAUGAACUGUAUUGACAUACCAUGCAUAGCUAUGAAUGUGUACUUAAUGUUUCUGUAAAGGUUGACAAUAAAUGGUGUGUUUUCAGUUACCAUAUAUGAUGUUCAUAAAGUAUGAUACAAUAUAUUGAUACUGUAAGUGCUACUUCUUAAAAUCUGUUCAAUGCAUAGAAAAGCAACAUUAAUAGCAAGCAAGCUAUACCUGCAGAUUUUAUGCGAUCAACUUGUCAGCACUGUCCAAAAAUUCUGCAUUUACAAAGAUAACACUGCUAAGAUUUGAUUGAUGUUGUGAAAGACGCAGCUAAACAUCAAUAUGUUUAUCAGUGCAACAAAAGAAUGUGGAUUGGACUGCCCUUUACCUGGAGUUGCCUCAUAUUUUGCUAUUCUCAGCUCAAUAAGAAACCAAAUAUGCAAGCAUACUCAAAGAAGUGUCCUUUGAGUUGGAAUUGGUUGCAUAAUUUUUCAAUAAUUCUGUAGGAUGUGUAAUAUUACAAGCAUGUGUGAUUGUCCAAGGCAAGUAGAAGGAAAACGUCAAAAAACCUCUUAUGAACUGUACAAUACAAUAUGGCAAUUAUUAUUAAAUGAUUUUCUCAGCUGUGGCCUCUAAGGUAACCAUACAUUAUGUGCAAGCCAAAUGGUCAUAUCCACCAUCUAUUGUUUGUAAGAAAUGAAAAUAAAAAAAAAAAAUUCAUAAAUGAAAUGCACUAACAAAUGGCAUGAAGUAACCAAAUCGAAAUACUCUGUUGCUGGACUUGAAAAGGUUUUUCAGGCAACUGUACUUGUACUAACAAAUGGCAUGAAGUAACCAAAUGCAAAUACUCUGUUGCUGGACUUGAGAAGGUUUUUCAGGUAACUGUACUUCAAUGUAAUUUAUAUUUUUCUGACGCCUUUUUACUUUUACUCAACAUUUAAACCAGAUGCCAUGGUACCUUAAGACAUACUUGACCUGACUUAAAGCAUUUCCCAUUUAUGAGCUGUCAAUCGACCAUCAUUUAUUUAUUUAUUUAUUUAUUUUGCCUUGUGGGCACAAUACGAGCACUGGAUGGCAGCAGCGAAAUCAACUCGCAUCACCAUUUGGAGCACUUUGGAAAAUUGUGAACAAUUCUUAA